GCGUCCCGCUGCUGGGGUCCCGGGGGUGAGGGGAGUGGAGAUGAGGCCGAUGAUGUCAUGGAUGCUUCGCAGGGCCUCGGGGAAGGUGGAGGCCGGAGGGGGUGCGGCCCGGAUUAUGUCACCUCUUCCCUCUGCGCCCCGCCCCCCCGGGCCACACGCGUUGCUGGGGAGCGCUGGGAGGUGCGGGAGGGAUUUCUCCCACCGCAGAGACCCCCCGACCCCCACCCCGGGCACCUCCUCGCAGUGACCUGUGGCCAGGGUCUCUAUCUGUUGGCGCUGCGGGCCGUGGGCUGCUGGUGAUGGCGAACACCCGCCCCCCCCCUCAAUCCCCCGUGCGGAGGCUCGUGUGUGCGCGCGUGUGUGUGCUCGGGGUGUGUGUGGGGGCCCUGUCAGCCCCCUCAGUCCUGAAACACGGGCUUCAUCAGAGCCAGGAUCUAGGGGAUGGGCCCCUUCCCCUUUGUCGCCAAGGGAAGAUGAAUCUCCCCUCACACAUCCCACCAAGAAGUUCUGGAGACCUCUGCACCCCCAAAAGCCCUACAGUGCCCCCAAUACCUUUUCUCAGUCCUUCCCGAAAGUCCUUCCUGAUUUUCCUGGCCGGAUUCGUUACCUCUUUGCAUUGGUCAUAACUACCAUUCCCACACGCAUUCUCUCUGCAUCUCCUCAGUGCCAGGGCCCAGAGACCCCCAAUACUGCCUUCUGUUCCCCCUAGUCCCAGGGAAGCCUCAAAAUGAAAUCUCUCUGGAGUAGCCUGAGCUAAGUGCUCCCAAACCCCUUCCCCUCAGGGGAGAUCAGGGAUGCUGUCCUGGGAGGCAGCAUUUGGAUUGCUCCUUGAAGGAUGCAGGAUGGCACAGAGAGCUGAGAAGAGAUUUUGUGUGUGAAGUGGAGAGGGGCUCAGGUCAGGGGAAAUAGGAUGAGCAGCAAGAGAUACCUUUAGGGCCCUGCUGCAAGCUCUGCUCUGGUUCUGAGGGCUGAGAGGAAUGUUAGGCAUUUACCCAUAAUACAUUCACUUCUUAAAAUUCCUGUAAGGUAGGUGUGAGAACCCGAGGUGGAAUAACCUGCAUGCAGUUCCACCCCUAAUCAGUUGAGCUGGGAUUUACACUUGGAGCUGAUGCCUCCGUAACUCUGCCUACUGCACUUGGCACUGCUCAUGGAAGAAUUUGAGCAAAGCAGGACAAGAUUGGCUUUGCCCUUUAUAGAGUCCAUGGCAGCUGAAUGGGGGAGGGAAUGGAGGGCAAGAAAGGCCAGUGAGGAGCGCCCACCAAGGAUGUUAGCAGGAGGGGCUGCUGAGAUCUUCAAGGGAUGAAUGGGCUGAGCUUGGGGCCUCUGAGACCCCCAAGAGAAUGGUGGAGCAUUACUAGCUUUGGGAGGGACAUAGGUAGGGAGGGGCUGGGUGGUCACUGUGGGUUAGAGGGACCUGCCCAUGUAACCCCCAGGUUUUGUCUAGUUGGCCCCUUUGUUAAUACUCAUUAAUACUGUUUGUAAUGUCCCAGGCACUGAGGGUUGAUAGUACAGAGACAGAGAUAGAAUAGGGCAACAGGCUGACAUCCCAGGUUGCUGACCUGAUGCCAUGAGGCUGUCUUUGCAGACCAUACUCAGCUACCUGGCCUAGUUCAGGACCCUGACUCACAGAUGAAGCUCAAACCCUUCCCCUGGGCUCAGUUUCUGUCCAUCUGGGAAACAUGUGCUCCUCCUUAUCUUGCCAGCUCCUGGCUGGGGUUUUGAGGAAUGAAGCUGUAGCAGCCCAAACUUGGGAGAGGCAAGGGGCAGGGAAUGCUUGCAUGCGGUUGACCACAACAGGUUAGAAUUAUGUCAAGAAGCUCUUUGGGGGGCGAGGCUCCAGGGAGAACUGCAGUGUGUUGGUAGUCAAGGUGUCCCCAGGUGUACCACAGGGAUAGGAGGGUCAGAAAACAGUUCUGGGACCUCAUUUCCAUCCGUCCAGGACUCAGGCAUCCAGGUCUGGCUGGGGACCACACACACUCCAGGGAAACAGUGGGUCAGAGUGGCAUAUGAUCAGCCCCAACCUAUGGUCAGAUUCUCCUUUCCUAGAUCUCCAAAAAGGUAGUACUGCAUGUUUGUACUGCACUUUACAGUUUACAAAGCACCUUCCCAAACAUUGUCACUCUCACAAUCAUUAUGAUCACUUCUAGGUUUGCUUCUGCCCACACUCAGGCUUCUGGCACAGCCCCCUUGCCAGAUCUCUAAUCUCAAUAUUGACGCCUUCCUUCAGCAUUUCAACAUACUCAGGUUUCUACCAUGUUUAAUUCUAAAAUUAGAAAAGAGCCCUUGGAUCCCAAACCACCUUAAAUUAUUGCCCUCUCUGGCCUUCUCUUUUAGCAGGGAACUCUCUCAUCUUUCCCGCCAGACCCUCCCUACUACUCCUGUAGUCUGGCUCUGCCUUGCACCACUUUUCUGAAAUCAUUCUGUCAUAGAUACCAGUGAUGUUUCCACUUGCCAAAUUCAGGGUACCCUCUCUAAUCGCAGUUUUACCUGGCCCCCUUUUUAACAACAGGAGCUAUCUCCCAUCAUAGUCUUCUUGAAGCCCACCUCAUCAUAGUCUUCAGGGCCUACCUUCUCCUGGCUUCUUCCUGCUCCCACACUGCCACCCAGGCUUCUGGGGCUCUGCCACCCUAGCUACAUGCUGGGCCCCACCCAUACCACCCUUGAAUGCUCAUGAUUCCAGUCUCUUUCCAUCCAGUAUGUGAAAGAUAUCUUUCUCUAGUCUUCCUCAGAACAUCUGUUUCUCCCAAACAUUCUCCUCCUGUCACGCUAAGGGUGUCACACACACCCUGGUGCCCUGGUCCAGAUCCUCCCUUGCCCCACCCCGGAACCCCAUCUAUGUGAAGUUUUGUCAGUUCUUCUUCCCAAACCCUUCCCAGAUCUUCCCACUGGUUUUAAGCCUCAGGCCACUCACCUCCUUCCUCCCAGUCCCCAGUGGCUCCCUACACUGCAUCCAGAGAUGGCAAGAGAAAGGAGUCAUGCUUAGGGUGGGAGGGGGAUAUCUGGGCUGGAGUAUGAGGGGAGUGGAGACAGAUCAGGGCCAGGGUGAGUCACUACAGGCGCCUAGGCCAUCAGAUGUAAGGAGGCACUCACUCACAGGGUCCUGCACUUAAGUUGCACCCUAGGUGCCUCUCUUGCCUCAUCUUAAGUCUCAGCCUUAUGGGACACAUGGGACAGAUUGGCUUAAGGGAGGAAGGUAGUAAAGUACUGUUCUCCACACCUGGGGGCCAGAUGCUGAGAGAAUGGAAUUUACAAAGGCAGUGUGGACUGGUUUCGUGGUGAGUUACCUAGGGCUGUAAUUCUAGGUGUGGUGGCCAGAAGACUCCUGAAGGGCAAGAGUUUUGUCAGGCUUCCCUGGUCUGGAACCUGACAGGACAAACACAGCAUUAGAAUUGGGUAGAAGACAGUGUGAGGAGUGCACAGGGGCCAAGAGCUGCCACCUGUACCCCUUCACCUUGGUAGAGAAGGAGGGCUCCCUGUCUGGUUUCUGGUGGGAGCAGGGUUUAACCUGCCUGAAGGGCGCUCCCUGCCAUCUCUGGCACACGUAUUUGAGCAUCUCCACUCACGGCCGGCACUGCCUGCUGCCCCUGCCCGGUUGGAUUAUGAGGAUCUCUGGGGCAGGUGUUCCCAGGUGCGGGCUUGAAACAAAGGAACCAGGAAGCAGGGCCUUCCUGAGCACAGGUAACCCGAGGCCCUGCUCCCCCUGCUCCUGUGGGCCUGCCUUGGGGGAGGGGGGACGCACGUCCACAGAAGUACUCAGAGGAAUUCACGGUGAACUGAGCAGGAUCAAGGUCCACAAGGAGCAGGGGGAGGGAAGUAAUCCAGGAAGUCUUCCUGGCGGCAGUGAAUUCUUUGAGGGGUUCUGCCUGCGCGGAAUCCUCCAGGGCGCUGCUGGACGCGGAGGCCCCGCCCCGCCCCGCCCCGCCCACCUGUCGGAACCGCAGGCCCGGAGGGAGGCACGGCCGGCGCUCGCAGCGGGCGGCGCUGCGUCCUCUGCCCUGGCCUCAGCCAGACCCCGGGCCUCUACCGAGAGGAGAAAACUGCAGUCCGGGAUGGCUCAGUCGGCCCGUCCAAAGUCGCGCAGCUGGUUCGGGCCGAGCCCCGACAGCGAGAGUGAGGCACAUGGCCCCUGCAGACCGGGCCUCGGAGGGUCCCAGGCUUGAGGACCUGUCGGCCCCUCACUCCCUUGGAAAGUGCCCCCCUGGCUUAGUCAUGGCGAAGCUGGAGACACUGCCUGUGCGCGCUGACCCAGGGCGGGAUCCCCUCCUGGCCUUUGCCCCUCGGCCCUCUGAGCUCGGACCCCCAGACCCUCGCCUGGCCAUGGGCAGUGUGGGCAGUGGGGUGGCCCACACCCAGGAGUUCGCCAUGAAGAGUGUGGGCACCCGCACAGGGGGUGGGGGCAGCCAAGGCAGUUUCCCUGGCCCCCGUGGCAGUGGGGCCAGCAGGGAGAGGCCGGGCCGCUACCCCUCAGAGGACAAGGCCCUCGCCAACUCACUCUACCUCAACGGCGAGCUGCGGGGCAGUGACCACACAGAUGUGUGCGGCAAUGUGGUGGGCAGCAGUGGUGGCAGCAGCAGCAGCGGCGGCAGCGACAAGGCCCCACCACAGUAUCGUGAGCCUAGCCAUCCGCCCAAGCUCCUGGCCACCUCUGGCAAGCUAGACCAGUGCUCGGAGCCACUAGUUCGGCCUUCGGCCUUCAAGCCCGUUGUACCCAAGAACUUCCACUCCAUGCAGAACUUGUGUCCCCCGCAGACCAACGGGACCCCUGAGGGACGACAGGGCCCUGGUGGCCUCAAGGGUGGACUGGACAAGUCUCGGACCAUGACCCCAGCGGGCGGGGGUGGGGGCGGCCUCUCAGACUCAGGCCGGAACUCACUCACAAGCCUGCCCACCUACAGCUCCAGCUAUAGCCAGCACCUGGCGCCCCUCAGUGCCUCCACCAGCCACAUCAACCGCAUCGGCACUGCCAGCUAUGGUAGUAGCAGUGGUGGUGGUAGCAGCGGCGGUGGGUCAGGCUACCAGGAUCUGGCGACCUCCGACAGUGGGCGGGCCUCCAGCAAAAGCGGGUCAUCCUCAUCCAUGGGGCGGCCAGGCCACCUGGGAUCGGGGGAGGGCGGAGGUGGAGGCCUGCCAUUUGCGGCCUGCUCACCACCCUCGCCCAGUGCUCUGAUCCAGGAGCUAGAGGAGCGGCUGUGGGAGAAGGAGCAGGAGGUGGCAGCUCUGCGGCGUAGCCUGGAGCAGAGUGAGGCGGCGGUGGCCCAGGUGCUGGAGGAGCGUCAGAAGGCCUGGGAGCGCGAGCUGGCUGAGCUGCGGCAGGGCUGCAGCGGGAAGCUGCAGCAGGUGGCCCAGCGCGCCCAGCGUGCCCAGCAAGGCCUACAGCUGCAGGUGCUGCGGCUGCAGCAGGACAAGAAGCAGCUGCAGGAGGAGGCAGCCCGGCUGAUGCGGCAACGGGAAGAGCUGGAGGACAAGGUGGCCGCCUGCCAGAAGGAACAGGCUGACUUCCUGCCCCGGAUGGAAGAAACUAAGUGGGAGGUAUGCCAGAAGGCUGGGGAGAUAUCCCUACUGAAGCAGCAGCUGAAGGACUCGCAGGCGGACGUGUCCCAGAAGCUGAGUGAAAUUGUGGGGUUGCGCUCGCAGCUGCGGGAGGGCCGGGCCUCGCUGCGGGAGAAGGAAGAGCAGCUGCUCAGCCUGAGGGACUCCUUCAGCAGCAAACAGGCUAGUCUGGAGCUGGGUGAGGGCGAGCUGCCCUCUGCCUGCCUCAAGCCGGCGCUGACCCCAGUGGACCCGGCCGAGCCACAGGAUGCACUGGCCACCUGCGAAAGCGACGAGGCCAAGAUGCGACGUCAGGCCGGGGUGGCUGCUGCCACCUCCUUGGCUUCCUUGGACGGGGAGGCUGAUGCUGGGGGGGAGAGUGGGACACGGGCCCUGCGGCGGGAGGUGGGGCGGCUGCAGGCUGAGCUGGCAGCUGAGCGGCGAGCCCGGGAGCGCCAGGGUGCCAGCUUCGCAGAGGAGCGCCGCGUGUGGCUGGAGGAGAAGGAGAAGGUCAUCGAGUACCAGAAGCAGCUGCAGCUGAGUUAUGUGGAGAUGUACCAGCGCAACCAGCAGCUGGAGCGGCGGCUGCGAGAGCGUGGGGCCGCAGGAGGUGCCAGCACGCCUACACCCCAACAUGGGGAGGAGAAAAAAGCCUGGACCCCCUCCCGCCUUGAGCGCAUUGAGUCCACAGAAAUCUGAUCCCCUACCUGGGUGUGUGGCCUUUUGACCAAUACUCUGUCAAAGGCCAGAGUCCCCAAUAUCCCCUCCCUGCCAUCUCUUUUCCCCAUGUGCCCUGUUUCCCCAGACCAAAGAGGUUCUCAAAGCAGCUGUGACCAGGACCCCCCCCCCCACUGGGUGCCUCCCAGCUCUACCACUGCCCCUCUGGGCAGCCAGCUCCACCCUCCUCCCAAGGAGGAGAUGGGACAAGGCAGAGUGAGUGGGAAUGAGGGGCCCAGGCAGCAGGGGAGACCAUGCUCCCUUUCUUGGCCCUCUCUUGUUGGAGAGGUAGCAGGCCUAGGUGCCCAGCCCCUUGGUGGCUCUGGGCUGCUACUGGUGGCCACCCUGUGUCCAGAGGUGUUCUCUGUGCCCAUCUCCUAGGCCAUGUAGCCUGAAGGGGCUCGCGUGGGGUCUGCUAAAGGUGACAGACCUUGGGCUCAUGGCCUCUCCCCUUUCUGCACUUUUCUCCCGCCCUUGGGCAGAUUGGCAGGACAAGUGGGAGCAGAUGGCCUGCCUGUGGUUGAGAGGGCUACCUGCCCAGCCCCUCCCUCCCCAAGGUCUCUUGGGCUCAGGCCUCAGAGCCUGGCCUGGUCCUGAGUGUGUGUCCAUGUGUGUGUGUUGGAGGGGAGGGCUGGGGCUGCAGGCUCAGUGCCCAGGGAAGAUCUGCCCUCCUGUUCUUGGGAAGGGUCACCUGGAGGCUUCUUAGCUCUACCCUCACCACUCUGGCCAGGAUCCACAAGACGACAGCCCCAUCUGCUUGGCUGACCCCACACCCAGGGCCACUGUCCGGCUCUAACUACAGCUAUUAAGUGCUACCUGCCUCUCAGGCACUCCCCUCACCCAGUUUCUGAGGUCAUAUGAGUGUCUGUGAUGUCUUCCUGUGUCUUCCCCAACUUGAUUCCCUCAGCUUCCUUCUGCUUUCAUGCUCAGCCUACUGCUUUCAUGCUCAGAACAUCAUUGUCCUAGGCCAUCUCUUCCCCCAAACCUCACCUUUUCUUCCGGUAGAAAAUUUUGCUUGAUCUUUGGUGCAUUGCCCACUUCCAAGCUCCACUGGGCCCAAGCCUGAGCCUGAGGCCCUUGUUUUGGGGGGUGGGGAGAUGGCUAUGAUUGCUCUUGAAGAGCAAGGCUGAAUGGAGAGGAACAGUGUCUCCUGGGUGUCAGGGGCCUAAGGUAGCCCAGUGUUUGACCAGGGCAGGCCUGGUAUGGCCACCAGUGGGGGUUGGGACAGCCAAUGUCACUUCCUCCUGUUGUGGCCCUCUCAGAGUCCAUCUCCCCAAGAUAAGAAGGGAAAGGCAAAUUUCUAACACACCAGCAAUAAAAAUCGGAGGAGGCUUGGCCUUCAGCCCUUGUAUUUCUCUCUUUUGACUCUCUCCCUCCCACCCCUAUUCUGGGUUUGUGGGGCAGGGUGGAGGGAGCUGGCAACUACUGUGAGCAAUCCCCCGACCACUGACCAGCCUCCUCACAUGACUGGUGACUGUUUCACGAGCUGUGCAUCCCCCACAAAAACAGGAGUGCCCCUCUGUGUGGCCUCUGUCCUUCUGCACAGCCCCUUCUGGUGGCCCUCACCAGAUCUCUGAACUGGGUUGGGGGCUGACCUGGCAAUCACUGCCCAUUCCACUCACCCUUCACAGCACCUGCCCCAGAACCUGGGCCUGGGCCAGAGGGGCAGGGGGAAGAGAAGGCAUUAGUAGGAAAAAAAAAAUAGAAAAAAAUAUGAACAGACUUAGCUUUGGGACUUCCAACGACAAAAGAAAUUAUAUAUAAAUAUAUAUAAAUAUAUAUCUCUACCAUAUGUGAUGGAAAGACUUCGUUCUCUUUUCCCAAAGAAAUAAAAUGGAGAAAGCCU